ACUGUCAACUUCAACAAUAAUCCAAUCUUUUCAAAGUGAAGACUGAAGAUUAAACUUGAAUAUAAUAAAAAUGGGAGAGGGGAAAAAAGAGGGAAAGUACUUUGCUUUUACAAUUUAUUUUGGUUUAUUUUUGAUUGUGGCAUUAGAUGUCGUCGCUGGUUUCGUGGCAAUGGAAGCCGAAGUCGCCCAACAAGAGGUGAAAACGAGGGCAUGGUCACUCGAGUGUAAAUCUCCAAGCAAAAAAGCUUUCAUGUUAGGGUUAAUAGCAUUAGGAUGUCUGUUAGCAGCUCAUUUCAUCACCGUUAUGAUAGGAUGCAUUAUCUCCGCUAUCAACAUUGCUGAUAGACUCCCAGGAUUCGAACAUACGACCUCGAGACGCAUCCACAUGGCCUGUAUUUCUCUCACUUGGAUCGUAGCAACUGCGGGAGCGGGGAUACUUACGAUGGGCAUAUGGAUGAACAGAGAGUCAAGACCAGAAUGUGGAUUCACAAACAAACAUUUUCUGUCUUUAGGAGGCAAAGUGUGUUUUCUUCAUGCCAUUGUCUCUGUCUUUAUGUAUAUAGCAUUUCUUAUCUCUUUUGAAUACAAUCAGAGUUUCAUAAACACAAAACAGAGCAUUUGGGAUUACAAAUUGGUAUCAGAGCUCUGUGACCAAACGAGAGAAAAGAUGAGUGAUGAUAAGAUGAAGCUUCCGCAGUUUGAUGGCCAUUGGGACCAUUGGAGUGAAGUCAUGGAAAACUUCUUCCGAGCCAGAGGGCUAUGGAGUCUGAUCGAAACCGGCGUUGAAGAACCAUCUGCUGCGACGGUACUGACUGCAGAACAAAACCUGCAACUGGAGAGCAACUGA